UGCCGAACUUAGAGAGGUUACAGACAUGCAUGCAGGAUGCCCUUGGAUCCUCUCCACAAGUCCAACUGGAACCGUUUGUCAACUGGGCGACAAUUGUUAGACGGGACCACGUGUUCGUCAUAAAACCUACAAGUAAUGCCGAAGUGCAAAAAGUGAUGCAUGUCGCCAUAAGUUUAAACCGUAAAAUCCGUGAGGCUGGCGAGUCGGCUCUUUCUUGGUCGCCACUCUUCCCAGAUGAAGGACAGAUCCUACUGAACCUUACUCUCCUCACUCUGGAGGGUGGACAGCGGGCGAUCUUCAACCCUCCGACAGUUCAGAGACCAUAUCCCACAGUGACCGUUGCGGCUGGAGUGCGACAGGACGAGCUGGACUCGUUUCUACUUAGCGUAGGUCAUGCAAUCGCCAGUGGGCCGCAGCCGAUACAGGUCACUAUAGCAGGAGGAAUUGGAACAGCUUCUCACGGAGGAAGCUAUGACGAACCAAGUCUGGGUGGCUAUCUCGAGUCCGUACAAGUCUUCGAUUCUUACGGCAGACUUCGACAAUUUACGGCUUCUGAGAAUCGGAAUGUCCUGCGCGCCAUGCGAUGUCAUCUUGGUCUCCUUGGGGUCAUUGUCGAAGUAGAAAUGAUGGUGGAACCAGUCCAAAUGGUGUCACUCUUCACGGUAUUCGUCCCCCUCAGUCUUAUGCUCAAUGCCACUUUUGUUAAGGAAAUUGUAACGCGCAAUUUCUACGUGGAGGCACGCUGGGCGACUUACAAUUCCUUAACGGAAGAGGAAGUCCAAGAGACUAUGGCCACUGGAAGGGUACCCACCACGUGGAACAGUAAACGAGAUCUCGUGUGGCUGAGUUUUAUCAAUCCGAAUGGAACGGAGCCUGACCUUGACCUUGACUUUGACGUAAACUUUGACCUGAAUGUGACACCUAUUUCAUUCGGGCAGCGCAUAUUUGCUGCCCUCGCGACUAGAAGAUUUAUCGCUAAUCCAGUUGUUGUCCCAAAGCCUUUCGCCAUUCACGGCCUGAAUGCUAGCGCCAUUCCAACCGUGACUGCCACGGAAACAACCAUCAGAGAAAACCCUUCUUUCACAAGUACGGUAUCAGCCUUUCAGGUAGUUGCCGCUUCAAUAGAGGGCGCUUCCUACGCCAAUGGCAUCCUGCCUCUAGGGAUCGUAGAAAUGCGCUGGAUCAAAGGCACAGACUGUUUUCUCUGUCCUGGUAAGGAAGAUGUGUGUGGAUUUCCCAGCGACUCUCACUACCUGACCAUGGAAAUACAGGGUCUGGUACAACCGACUGAGGCGUUUGAAGGCUAUAAGCAAUUUACUACCGCCGUGCUCUCUCAGCUUAACCAGGUGGGACUUUCUGGUCUUCCUAACUGGGCUAAGAUGCUGACCACUUUCCCGGGUCUUCGACAGCGAUUACAUGACCCUGAAAACCGCCAGUGUCAAUUGGAGUUCCUCAAAGUCCGCGACCAAAUAGACCCUCAAGGAUAUAUGUUUUCUAACAACUUCCUGAGAACGAUAUUCAUCGACUCCUCUUAUAUGUAUAUUUACAAUUGAUUUGGGUAAUUGUUCGGCAACUGUAAGUUCAAUGGAGCA